AUGCAACUGUCAACGAAAAUACCUGGAUCUGCUAUUGCUGUUGAACAAGUUUUCUCGGGCGGUCAUAACACAGUUUCACUGCAGCGCGCAAGUCUCAAGCCUAAGACUAUCAGGAUAUUGAUGCUUGUGAAGCUUGGCCAGACUGAUACUGGUCUGUCUUUUGAAGCCAUCAAUGGAGAUGAGAAGAUGAAGAAUAUCCUUGGCCAGGAUUUUUCAGCUGAGGCUGCAGGUCUCUUUUGGAAAGGCAAGGGUAAAGAGGAUAUAUCUCUACCUAUGGAUGACAAAGACCAUGUGAAUGAUAGAGAUUGUGCAGAUGUUGAGAAUAAUAAAGGAGGGGAUUCUGGCCAAAUUGUAGAUGAAGAAAUAAAUCAGAGUGAGCAUAAUGAUUUUUCUAUGGACGAUACUGGCAUCCCCUUCACAUAUCAUAACAAUCCAGACUGGGACUGGCCUGACUGGGACAAUCAAAAUGAUUUAUCUGGUCCUUCACCACUGCAGUUUCCUCAGCUGCAGGCAUCAUCAUCCAACUCCUUGGUCAUUGUGCAGCCUUUCUCAAAUUUUCAAUUACCAGUAUCUAAUAACUAA